AUGUCACACCAACCGCCAUGGGAUUACAUCGCAAAGCUCGUCUGCAUCGGUGACUCUGGCACCGGUAAAUCCAGCCUCACAAUCCGCCUCUGUGAAGGCCGAUUCACCACCACCCACGACGUUACCAUCGGCGUCGAAUUCGGCUCCCGAGUCGUCCCCGUAGGUCCUCCCGCCAGUGACGCCCUCGACAUAUCCUUCGAACACAACACCCAAUUUCUCCGAAGCAAAUCCCAAUCCCAAUCCCAACCCGAAGCCACAUCCAAACCCUCCAGCCGCCCACCCUCCCCUUCCCCUUCCUCCUCUCUCCACCUCUCCCCGGGCCUCCCCCCACCCCCCAAGCGCCCCACCACCGCCCCCGUCCAGAAGCGCAUGAAACUCUCCCUCUGGGACACCGCCGGCCAAGAAACCUACAAGUCCAUCACCCGCUCCUAUUUCCGCGGCGCGUCCGGCGCCCUCCUCGUCUUUGACAUCACCCGCCCAUCCACCUUCUCCUCCCUCUCCGCAUGGCUGCAGGACCUUCAACAAAUCGCCGAGGAAGGCAUCGUCGUCGUGCUCGUCGGGAAUAAAAGCGAUCUCGUCAAGCGUGAUCACGCAGAGACCGACGGGGAGGAGGAGGAGGAGGAGGAGGGGAAAGGCUACAUCACCCGCGCCCAGGCCGAAGCCUGGUGCAAGGCCAACGGCGUGGUGCGCUAUGUCGAAACCAGCGCGAAGUCAGGCGAGAAUGUGGAACGAGCGUUUCUGGAGGUGGCGGAGCGGAUAUAUCGCAACAUUGAGGCGGGCCGGUAUGAUCUGAAUGAUCGCCGGAGCGGGGUGAAGGGGUACGGGAGCACGAGUGGGACGAGGAAUGGAAAGGUGCCGAAGACUGUGACCCUGGGGGUUAAUGAUGCCAUGGGGAGAAGGGGGAGUGCGUGGGCGGGAGGCUGUUGUUGA